AAGGGUUUCUGAUACUUUCCCCUAAUCUCUCUUUUUCUUCCAAAUUUCUUUUGUUCCAAAACCUCGUGGGCUGAAUUGGAAUGGAAAUCGAGUUGAACUUCUGUUUCCAGUUUAAUGGCGACUUGUUGUCGAAGAAAAUCCGAAGCAGAUGCAGAGGAAAUACAAAAUCUUGCAGUUGAAGAAUAGAAAAGAACAAUUUUAGGUUUUCAUUGUUCUUUCAAUUUAAUGGCUCAACGUCUGCGACUCGAAUUGGUAGCGGAUCAUGCAACUGUAGAUUUAAUAAGUGAGCUGCCGUUAGAGUUAAAGGUGAGAAUUUUGGAGUGUUUGCCCACCCGAGACGCCGCCAGAACUGCUCUGCUCUCAACACACUGGAAUCAUGUUUGGUUGCGGCUUGGCCGGCUUGCUUUCGAUAAUGACUUCUUCUGGGGUAUCCAAAAAUGCAGUGGUGAAAGUAUCGUGCCUUCUAAAAUAAUAACUUGCGUUCUCUUGCAGCGUGUUUGGCCCGUUAAGAAAUUUAGCCUAAACAUCGCUGCCUUAAUUGAUCCUAUGCUGAAGCAGUCGGAUUUGGAUCAGUGGUGUCUUUAUCUGUCAAGAAAUGGCAUUGAGGAACUUGACAUCUCCCUUUGGAACCCUCAAUAUAAGCUGCCAUUUUGUAUAGUCUCGUGCCCCACAAUCAAGCAGCUGAGACUCAACAGUUUGGGUUUUGAUUGCCCAAUAAAUGCUCCUUCUAUUUUUCGCGGUGUCACUUCAUUAAUUUUCUUGGAUGUUGUUUUUAAUCGUAAUGUUAAUGGAAUUGUGUCUAGCAUUCCUAAUCUUGAGAAGCUAGAAUUCAUUGGUUGUGAAGGGAUCAGUAAUUUUAAGUUCACAGCUCCAAAACUUGAAAGCUUGUCUAUUAUUGGUUUUAUACCUGCAGCUGAAUCCAGAUGGCUUUCACUUCAUUUGGAAACAAUUAAGGUUCUUUGCUUGGAUCAUAGUUGCAUGUUGUGGGAAGAUGUUGAAGUAGCAUCCUUCCCAACUGCAAUAAAUCUGCAAGUAAUCGAACUGGAUUAUAUGAACUUUGCCAAUGAAAAACAGCUCAUGGGUGUUUUGAAGUUGCUUCAAAUAUCUCCAAACCUACGUGAACUAGACAUUAAAAUAAUAGGUUCUCAAGAUGAUGACAUAGAAGUGAUUUUACGACUUUUGAAGGAUCCAGACAGUUGUAUUGUUAAUCAAGAUCUAAAAAUGCUUAAAACAAUCAAGAUUAAUCGGUUUCGUGGAUCCACAACCGAAAUGCUUUUUGUGAAAAUGCUGCUCUCAAAAUCCCCUAAACUAGAGAGUGUUGUUAUUCAGGAAUAUUAUUUUGUUCAUCGGCAAUACAAUAAGGUGAUAAAAUCCCAAAGGGAAUUGUGCUUUCCUCGUGCAUCUCCGAAAGCUCAAAUUAUUGUAUUGGGAAACUCCAUGGGUUCAGUUUGUAUGCAACUUAGAAAUGUAAGAUGAGGAUGGUACCUUAGCUUGUUUUCUAAGGUGUUGAUUAGACUAAGAAUAUCAUUCUUUUAGUUUUUGCUUCUGUUAAUUGUUCUAAAUUUUACUUCAGAUGAUGUGAUGUGAGUUCUUACUGCUUAGCCAAGUGUUUCUUAUGACUUCAAUGCAAUGGUGUUUCCAUUUUAAUGGCCCUAUUUCCUAUGGAAUAUAAUGCAACUUGUGGAUUGUGUGGCGCA